ACUAUCCCUUGCUCAUCAGUCAUGUCAUAUUAACACAUUACAAAAUAAAUAAAACUAUUAAAAUCACUAUCAUGAUUAAAAUGGAUUUUAAUCAGUAAAAAUCACAACAAUAAAAUAUGUAACUAGUUUACGAACUCGUAAAACAUGUUUUUUAAAUUCUAGUUAAUUUUAGCUCAAAUUCUCCGUAAAAAAAUGGGUAAAAAAGAAGUAAUCCAAAUUCACAUAGGUCAAGCUGGAGUCCAAGUGGGAAAUGCAUGCUGGGAAUUGUACUGUAUUGAACAUGGCAUACGACCUGAUGGAAUAUUAGUAUCCAGUGACGAUAACAGCUGCGAAUCCUUCUUUAGUCACACUGGAGCUGGUAAAAUGGUUCCUAGAGUGAUAAUGGUUGAUUUAGAACCAAUUCCAAUAGAUGAAAUAAGAACCGGCACAUAUAAAAAUCUAUUUCGUCCAUCCUCCCUAUUAACUGGUAAAGAAGAUGCAGCUAGUAAUUUUGCUCGUGGUUACUUCGGUGUUGGUCGAGAAAUGAUUGAUUUAGCCUUGAAUCGUGUCAGAUUAGCUGUAGAAGAAUGCAGCAGCUUGCAAGGAUUUAUAAUAUUCCGAGCGUUUGGAGGAGGAACUGGAUCAGGAUUUACGGCCCUUUUGCUCGAUGGUCUAGCCAGGGAUUACGGGAAACUUUCAAAAAUUGAAUUCGCGAUAUAUCCGGCGCCAAAAAUAUCACCAGUGAUAGUUGAACCGUAUAAUUCAGUACUGACCACACAUGCCUGUAUGGAUACUGAAGAUGUCUGCUUCAUAUUCGAUAACGAAGCUUUAUAUGACAUUUUAGCAAGACUUCUAGAUGUACCGAGACCGACUUACACAAAUUUGAACAGACUGAUUGCUCAGUGCGUUUAUUUUUUUCAGGUAGUAUCUGGUAUGACGGCAUCAUUAAGAUUCGAAGGUUCUUUGAAUGUUGAGCUUGUAGAGUUCAGAACAAAUCUGAUUCCAUAUCCGAGAAUCCAUUUUCCACUUGUGACUUUUGCCCCUUUUGUUUCCCCGUCUAAAUCUCUUCACGAAGCCAUGACCACGCAUCAGCUGAUGAUGUCCUGUUUUGAGCCAGCUAACCAAAUGAUUAAAUGUGAUCCUAGGAAAGGAAAUUAUAUGGCAUGUUGUUUGCUGUUCAGAGGAGAUGUUAAUCCGAACGAUAUUAAUUCAGCUAUUAAUCAAAUUAAAAGCUUACGGUCCGUCCACUUUGUUUCUUGGUCUCCAACAGGGUUUAAGAUUGGUGUAAAUUAUCAACCCCCUUCAACAGUUCCCGGUGGAGAUUUAGCAGCAUUACAAAGAGCAGUGGUAAUGGUAUCCAACUCUUCAGCCAUUCGCAUAGCGUGGGAACGUCUUUGCAAAAAGUUUUCUUUAAUGUACGCGAAACGAGCAUUCGUACAUCACUUCGUUGGAGAAGGACUUGAAGAAGGAGAAUUCAAAAACGCUUUAUACAACAUCAAAGCAUUGUCUAACGAUUACAGAGAAAUGGAAACAUAAAUAUCGAACGAUCAUUUGAAAAUAACUGUAAUUUUUGUGUCGAAUUUUUUAUCAUUUAAAGCAUUUAGUUAGGUAAAACUAACUAACUAAUUGAGA